UUUACAGCUGUCUUAGAUGCAAAUAAUGUGCAACGUGAUGUGUUCCCUUAAAUGGAAUCAAAGUAAAGUCUGACACUGCCCACCCUACCUCAGAGACCCCACCCACUCAGUCUAACCUGCCUGUUUGCAUGUGAGGGAGUGGUUUAACAGUAACACACACACACACACACACAGGUCUACUUCACUCAGAUUACGUUCCACCUUUCACACACAUUCUAUAUCCGAUAGCAAGAGAAUCAGAGGCAAGAUGGAAGCAGAAGGAAACAAUACAGUGGGUUCUAGCUGCCUGGAUCAGAAAGAGUGCCAGAACAGCACUGCAGGGAGUACUCCAUUUUCAAACAUGAAGCAGAAAGAGGAGAAGAUCCAGAAAAAUGCCCAGGAAGAACCAGGAGAAAAGUCAUGCCCAAGAGAGGAUGGACCUCCGUGUGAGGACGACGUACUUUGUGACUCGUGUAUUGAAAGUCCACGCAAAGCCAAGAAGUCGUGCCUGACAUGUCUGGUUUCCUAUUGCGAGGAUCAUCUGAGGCCACAUCUAGAAAAGGAGAAGUUUCAGAGUCACCGGCUGGUGAAGCCACUGAAAGAUGUGGAAAUACGCAUGUGUGAGACACACAACGUCCCGCUGGAGUUGUUCUGCUGUGUCGAAACUUCUUGUGUGUGUGAGAAAUGUGUGUCCGAGCAACACCAUGGACAUGAAACCCUGUCCAUUACAGAGGCACGCCAGAAAAUGGAGAAAGAGCUCCAGGAAAAGCAGACAGAGCUGGUGAAGACGGUGACAGCAGCUGAGAAUUCCAUUAACAAACUACAGAGCUGCAUUCUCUCUGUAGAGGCGUGUGUGUGCGAGGUGCGAUCUGUGCUCCAGCAGCAGGUGAGCGCUCUGCAGGCGGGGGUGGAGGAGGUGAGGGCAGAGCUCACCAAGGUGUUGGAGGCGGAGAUGAAAAACACACUGGGGCAGGUGGGCGGAGCUCGUGUGUGUGUGGUGCAGCGCUGUGAUGAGCUGAAAAGAGCACACACACACCUGGACAAACUCAGCAAGAACAAGAACAGCGUCGACUUCCUGCAGGAAUACUCCCAAUGGAGGAAGACGAGCUCGGAUGUGUCUCUGCCUGAGGUGUGUGUCACUCAGACGGACCGUCUUCAGUCUUUCGGCCGCAUCAUCACACACACCACGCAGGAACUGUGUGACAUACUGCUCACUGCAUACCGCAACUCACUCAAAGAGUUCUGCACAACUGAUGAUAAUCUCCAUCAGCCCACAGUGCAUCCCCUCAGUCCUGUACAGCAGAACAUCACGCUGCCUGAGCCGCAGAGCAGAGACGACUUCCUCAAAUAUGCGUCUCCGUUAACAUUUGAUGGUGACACGGUGCACCAGUUCCUGCGUGUGACUGAAGGCGGCAGGAAGUUGACCAACACCACGCCCUGGCAACACAGCUACCCUGAGCAUCCCGAGCGCUUCCAGCACUGGAAGCAGGCGCUCUCCACUCAGAGCUUCUCCUCAGGGCGCCAUUACUUUGAGAUGGACUUGAGCGGUGCAGGGGUCCAUGUCGGCGUGACGUACGUGGGGAUCCUACGGCAGAGCAACCAAAAUGAGGCGUGCCUCACAGGCAGCAGUGUCUCCUGGUGUGUUGAGUGGAGUGGGCGUGGUUUCUCGGCCUGGCACGGCGGCGUGGAAACCCCCCUGAGCACCCCAAAAGCCACGAGACUGGGCGUGUGCGUGGAUUUCAGGUGUGGCACGGUGAUGUUUUACAGCGUGAGAGGAGAAGCAGAAGGAGGGAUGGAGCUUCUGCAUCGGUUCGAGACGGAGCUGAGAGAGCCGCUCUACGCUGCUGUGUUCCUCCCAAAGAAGGAGAACGUUGUGGUGCUGGUGGAACCAGGAGAGGAACUUCCACUCAAGAGCCCCUUACCUCCAUGUUCUCCACCGUGAUACACAUUAUUUAACACUAUUGUUAUCACUAUCACUAUCGUUAUCUUUACCAAACGUUUUUCUUUCUUUGAAACCAAGUUUUUAGCCCUUUGUUUCGAAACAUUUAAAAAAAAUCGUUUAGCUCAGUUCCAGAAAAUAACAUUAGGUUUGUAUUUGUAUUUGAGGGAAACUUCAUCUCAUGUGAUCAUGUGAUCAGUCGCUUCAUCGUCUCUGUAUGUUGUUCACUGUGAAGAAGGAUAAAAACUGUGGGUACAUUCAUCAGCAGCCUGCGGAUCCUGUUCAGGUUCUGUCUCCUGCGUGAGUGAACGAUGGAGAAGCGAGAGAUGAAAAACAAAAGCAUGGCAUCCUGUUUCAAUAAACAAGAGUUCAUCAUGAAUGGAAACAUUUUUAUUUCAUCACAAUUUUUUAUUAUAUACACACAAUUACACACAGAACGCAUCAUGUAAGAUUCCUAAUGUAUACCGGUCCGUACAGGAUUCCGCUUUGUUUUUUCUGAUUGUUGCGGCCAAAAACGCUUGAUUUUGCUACGUUUUUUUUUCUCUAAAUUUGCAAUACAACUUGAGAUUUGUAAUGCUGCCGCUUGCAAAGACAUUCUACACAAUUGCGUACUUCCAACUUUGUGGCAUCAGUUUGGGGAAGCACCACAUAGAGGUGAUAGUCAGGUGUCCACAUACAGUACUUCUAGACAUGUAGUAUAUGGGUUUUGGGGCACCUCGUACUUGUUAAUUCUUGAUUAUGGUUGUUCUCUUAUGUUGAUCAUUUUUAAAAUCCUGUAGAUUAAACACAAUUUACAAAUUCAUUUCUGUACUGCAGGGCGACACGGUGGCUCAGUGAUCAGCAUGUAUGCCUCGCACCUCCAGGGUUGGGGAUUUCAAUCCCACCUCUGCCUCCUGUGUGUGGAGUUUGCAUGUUCUCCAUUUCUAAGUGUGUGUGUGUGUGUGUGUGUGUGUGUGUGUGUUUGUGAGAGAGAGAGAGAGAGAGAGAUUUUGCCGUGUGAUGGAUUGGCAGCCCCGUCCAGGGUCUCCCGCCUUGUGCCCCGUGUUCCCUGGGAUAGGCUCCAGGCUCCCCAUGACUCUGUAUCGGAUAAGUGCUACAGAAAAUGGAUGGAUGAAUAUCUCUACUGCAAAUGAGGUUAAGAAGAACAUUAGCACUGUUAAAGUAUUUAACACCUAUCUGUCUGUCUAUAGUGGAUCCCAGAUUCUGAUAUUUAAUGAGUAGAUCUCAAAGUUUAACUGGAGUAGAUUCUAACAUUUAAUGAGAGUAGAUCCUGAGAUAUAAUCAGAUUCCACCAUUGAAUGAGUAGAUCCUGAGAUAUAAUGAGUACAUUCCAACUUUUAAUGAGAGUAGAUAAUGAGAUUUAAUGAUAGUAGAUCCUGAUACAAUGAGAGUAGAUCCUGAGAUUUAAUGAGAGUAGAUCCUGGGAUUUAAUGGUUAAAAACAACUUUCUUUAUAAAGCAACAUGCAUCGAUAGCAUGUGUAAUGCCUGGGUUAUCCAACAAUUAAUUAAUGAACAAUACAUAAUUGAUCACAUCUUUUGUGUAGCUUUGCACACACUCUCAAGACUGUGUGGUUAUAUUCGUCUGUUGAUAAACAUAUUAAUAUUGAAGUAAUUGUAAUGUAAUGCGUGUUGUAAUGCGUCUCCUGGGAGACUAGUGUAAAUUGACAGAUAGCACCAUCUGUUUGUUUGGAAGAAGAAGUUGCUUAGCUGCAUUUGUGAGAAAAUCUGCACCAACACAUUUGUGACACAUAUUACAUACACUCCACCUUUUAUCUGGUUGGAUAGUGGGCCUGGCUGGGUACUUAUUCCUGCUUGGUACCAAGCCACCCCUGUAACACAGAUGUUAUUUAUUAGCCAUUAAAGAUGAAACCGAUUCCUAAACCUAUGCUUUUAAGCUCAUGGCUUUGGACUGAUAUGUCUCACACAGCUUCUGUGUCCCUGUGGCAUGUCCAGACAUGUGAAUGUUCUAGAGGUUCCUAAAAAUCUAGAGUUCUGCAGCGAACCAUGGUAUCUUAUCAGAAAGUCAAUGUUUACUGUCUUAUUCAUCUUGUGGCAAAUCAGCUGAGGAAAAUUCAUAUUAGUGUUUAAUAAAGGCACUUUACUGUAAGACCUUUACACAGUGAGUGAAUUAUUGCACCUUGUCAUCCAAUAGGGAGCCGUUUGGGAUUCAGCCAAUUACGUGCCCCGAUUAACUGCUCCAGCAUUUUCCUGCUGCCGUGACAACGCCCUCAUCCUGCUUCUGCUGCUUCAUUUCAUCUUAUGCUCUUCACCAGACAAAUCUUAGUACUUUAAAUACCUGAACUAGCUAGGGGCAGAAAUACAUGAAAUACCAGAACUGGCUAGGGGCAGAAAUACAUGAAAUAUAUGAAUUGGCUAAGGUCAGAUAAUACAUGAAAUAUCUGAAUUUUCUAAGGUCAGAAAAUGCAUGAAAUACCUGAAUUGGCUAGGGGCAGAAAAUGCAUUAAAUACCUGAACUGGGCAGAAAAAGGAAGCUAUCAAUGGCUGUAAC